AUUAUUUAAAACCCAUCAGCGGUAAAAGUAAACACAUCGAUAAUCCCUCUCCUCAUUACAACACAGUUUAUCACACAUAUCGGUUAGCUUAAUAAAAUUCAUGUCACAGACCUUGAACAGAUAUUAGUUGUUUUCUGUCUCGGGACACGGUGUGAAAGUGCUUGACAAUGACAGCAUAUUUCAUUGGUAUUGACGUUGGAACCGGUAGCGUUAGAGCUGCGUUAGUAACAGAUACUGGAGAAAUUAUAAAAAUAGGUGUCAAAGAAAUUAAAACAUGGAAUAAUCAGACUGAUUUUUAUGAGCAAUCGACUGAUGAUAUUUGGAAUGCCAUAAUCACCUGUAUCAAGUCCAUUACUGAAGGUGUCGAUCCUGAAAAAGUUAUAGGAAUUGGGUUUGAUGCCACUUGUUCUUUGGCAUGUUUUGAUAAAUCUGGUGCACCACUCUCCGUGAGUCCAACAGGAAACAAUGAUCAGAACGUUAUCCUUUGGUUGGACCACAGGGCAGUUAAAGAAGCCGACGAAAUAAAUAAUCUUAAGCAUCCAGUUCUAAAAUAUGUAGGCGGUAAAAUUUCUCCAGAAAUGGAAACACCCAAGUUACUAUGGCUGAAAAGAAACUUGAAGGCAGAUUGCUGGGACAAAGCCGGUUAUUUUUUUGACUUACCUGACUUUUUAACGUGGAAAGCGACAGAUGCAGAUUCUAGAUCAUCUUGUUCUUUAGUAUGCAAAUGGACCUACGAAAUUUCAGAAACAGAUUGUAGGGAAGGUUGGAAUAAAUCUUAUUUCGAACAAAUCGGUUUGGAUGACUUGGCAGCAAACAAUUGGAAAAAAAUAGGUUCUCUUGUGUUACCACCUGGUACACCUGUGGGCAACGGAUUGUCCCAAAGUGCGGCUGCUCAAUUUGGUCUUAAAGCCGGUACAGCAGUUGGUGCAUCCAUGAUCGAUGCACACGCCGGCGGCUUAGGUUUAAUUGGUUGUAUUGCAGACGGAAUCGAUCCAGCUUUUCAUACACGGUUAGUAUCUUGCUUGAAAAUGUCUUGGUCAAGACAACAAGUGGAAGAAUUAAUUGAUGCUUAUUUUGAACAUCCGUGUCUAUACAAUGUGCAUUUAAAGUUGUAUCACAACAAACAUGCACGAAAUGCUGCAUUAGAAAUUAUAAAAGAAGCAUUAUCUACUGUAAGGCCAGGCAUAACAAUUCCAGAAAUAAAAAGCAAAUGGAAUGGAUUGAAAACAAAUUGUUCUACAGAACAUAAAAAAAUCCAACAAUCUCAGACAAGUGGAGCAGGCACGGAUGAUAUUUAUACUCCAUCCAUUUGGUAUUACAGUAAAUUAAGUUUUUUAUUGGAUUAUACCAAACCAAGGAAAUCUAUGGAUUCCAUUUCGGACCAAGUAGAGAGUGAUGUUUUACAUGGAGAGAUAUGUGAGGAGGAAGAAAAUAUGUUCAGUCAGUUUUCAGCUCACUCUGAUAUAAUUAUCGAGUAUGAAAAUGAUAGUCAAAUAGAAUCGUACAGUUCCGAACGAACUGAUGCAUCAUCAAUACCAACAGCUAUUCAAAAUAUUAGAAAUAAUAUAGACACGCUAAUUCAUGAAGAAUGUCAAUCACAACAAGACCCACAAGAACUAAACUUAAACGACAACAUCCAAUCAGGUCCAAGUACAAGCAAGAAGAGAUGGUUUGUUGAAAAUAAAAUUUGUGAUAUAAUAGUAGUGCAGGCAAUUUUUGCACCUGGCAUAUGGGGACCGUACAAAAAUGCCAUGGUACCGGGCAUGUGGUUAAAUGAAGGAGGGCAAAGUGCAACGGGCAAACUCAUAGAUCACAUAAUUGACAAUCAUCCAGCAACUCCAGGGAUUCGGGAGCAGUUGGCAAAUAUGCACAUACAGCAAUACUUAACCGAACUUUUGGAGGAUCUAACCGAUAAGAAAGAACUUAGUUCCAUGGCGUUCCUCACGAAAGAUCUGCACGUUUGGCCAGAUUUCCACGGUAAUCGUUCUCCUAUUGCUGACCCAAGUUUAAAAGGCACAGUAUGUAUUUAUAAGUGA